UUUUUAAUCUCAAAGAGACAAGAAAGUUCUAUCGAUCAAACCGGUACCAAACAGCGUAUUUUCAAGGUUAAAGUACUGAAAAUGGAGUUAUGGUUUUGGAUUCUUGGUUGGAUUCUGUCUAUCCUAACGAUCGCUGGAAAUGGUUUCAUUAUUUUCCUUGUGUGCAAAAAAAGGCAGCUCCGCACCAAAACCAACGCCUUCAUUGUCUCACUUGCAGUGGCGGAUUUCUGUGUUGGAGUGAGCGUCGUUCCUUCCUUCUUCAUUUGCGACAUUACAGGAGGCUGCGAUUGGUCUACAGGAUACCAUCCUUUAUGGACACUUGGUAUAAGAUGGUUGUUUGGUUACGCAUCUGUGAUGAAUUUGUCUAGUUUAGUACUCGAACGCUACAUCGCCAUUGUGAAACCUUUAAAAUAUCUAAUUGCUAUGACCAGAUGUCGAGUU